AUAAAAAUCCAUUCAUAUACUCCUUUUCGAACAGUUUACGUGAGACACUUCUCCACAAUGUAUCGUUGUUUAGUUUUAGUUGCUCUACUGAGCUUAGCCCACGGCUAUACCAUUCUUGAUAAAUUUAAUGGACGUAUUGUCGGCGGUGAGGACACCACUAUUGAACAACAUCCAUACCAGGUCUCAAUAUGGAUAGUUGAAGAGCAAGUGCACUUCUGCGGUGGCAGUCUUAUCAGUGAGAACUUAGUGCUCUCAGCCGCACAUUGUCUGCUCGGCUUCGAACCAUCAGAAUUGCGUGUACGCUUGGGUUCAACAAACUCCACCAAUGGCGGUAUCUUGGCCGAAAUCGCACGCAUAAAGACACACCCGGGUUUUAGCGCUGCUACCGCAAUGAAUGAUAUUGCUUUGUUGCGGUUGGCACAACCGGUGGUACAAACGAAUAGCAUACGCUAUAUUGAACUCGCUGAUGAAGUACCACCAACUGGCACACCGGCUGUAGUCUCCGGUUGGGGUCUCAGGUGUAGCUAUUGCCUUAAAACGCCUGUUACUUUACAAACUAUUGAUUUGGAGAUUGUAACACGUGCAGAUUGCGCCUCCGAUACUUAUAAGUAUGGUGAUCAAAUCAAAGAAACUAUGGUUUGUGCUUAUGCAUUGAAGAAGGAUGCCUGCGAUGGUGAUUCGGGUGGUCCGCUGGUGGCUGAAGGCAAAUUGAUUGGUGCUGUUUCGUGGUCAAAAGGCUGUGCCAAAAAGGAUUAUCCUGGUGUUUACGCUAGUAUACCAGAACUACGUCAGUGGAUAUCCAGCGCUAUUGAGGAGUUGGCCGGUGAUGUUUCAUAUUUGCACCUAGCACAGUUAUUUAAAAAACACACCAAUAUCAUGUCACAUUUACCACUAAGACUCAUCACACUCCUGUUGCUGGGCGUGAGCACAGCAUAUUGCAGCACUCUUAGACAAAACCGCAUUAUAGGCGGCAACGACGCUUCGAUCGUACGUCACCCGCAUCACGUCUCACUGCGUCGCAGGACCUGCCAGGAAUGCGCCUAUUUACAUGAGUGCGGUGGCAGCAUACUCAACGAGGAUACUAUAGUGACCGCAGCGCAUUGUGUGCUCAAUCGUGAUGUGCGUAAUUUCACCGUCGUCGCAGGCAGCGACAAACGCGCCGGCAAUGAUGGCACUGUGGUGCUUAUAGAUCGCAUAGUCGCACACGAACGUUACAAUGCCUCCAUAACCGACUAUGAUGUGGCUUUACUUUUCCUUGCCACACCGCUGACAUUGGAUAAUGUGUUCAUUGCAGCAGUGCCAUUGUUGACCAGCGCGCCCGAAGCUGGUGCAAAAGCCACCAUCACCGGUUGGGGUACCGUCUCUGAAGGUGGCAUGCCGGCGCAGCAAUUGCAAGCUGUUAAUGUGUUCCUGCUCGAUCGGGCGCAAUGCAGCGCGGCGUAUGGCGAUCGUUUCACCGCUGCCAUGCUGUGUGCCGGUGUGUUGGCAGGUGGUAAGGAUGCUUGCCAAAAGGAUUCGGGUGGUCCAUUGUUGGUGAAGCAUCAGUUAGCUGGCAUAAUUUCCUGGGCCAUUGGCUGUGCGCGUCCCGAAAGUCCGGGUGUCUAUGUGAAUGUGUCGCAUGUGCGUCAGUGGAUCGUGUCAACUGUGAAAGCUAACUCGUUAUAUAAAUUCUAAUGUGUGUCGAUGAAGUAGUGAAUUUAUUAAUUAUUUUCUAAUUGUAUUUAAUAAAAUGAAAAAGUUUAAGAAUGUCUAGUCUA